AUGCAAUCACCACCUUAUCGUUCACCGUUGUGCUGUAACUUACAGCCACUGUGGCGCCAGUCAUGCGGUACCUGUGGCGUCACUCGCUGCGUCACUGCCAACGACAGUCCGACACACAAGUUCAUCUUGCCCAUCUCCAUCCCUCAAAUUGCACCAAGCAUCGAUUCGAGCCUCGCGGUGCAUUUGCCACCCUCUUCGACUGAAAUUCCAUCCACAGAAAAAGCAUUCAAUCGUUGCCAUCGCCGCAUUCGCGCCCUGCUACGCUCGGACGAGCGACAAUGUCUCGCACGCCUAGGCAUCAUUAAUGUUUACGAUCUGCUACCUGCUGGUCGGGUCUCGUCGAUGCUUUGGACGUUUGGCACGUCGUUUCUACAUUCGGGCGUCGUAAUCAACGGGCGCGAAUAUGCAUAUGGAGGACACAAUAAACGUGGCGUUUCCGGAGUCUUUUGGUCCAAACCCAGGACACCGCCUCCGGGUGGCUCGUUUCGCUGCGAACUGCUGCACGGCUUUACGCUCGCCACCGAAGACGAGAUCAACGCGACCCUUCAUGCGGCCUGCGCACAAUUCCUCGGCCUCGACCACAAUUUACUGCGCAAGAACUGCAAUCAUUUCACCGCAUAUAUUUGUAAAGCUCUUACCGGAGACCCUGGACCGGCCUGGCUCAACAGAGCGGCCAGCAUCGGCAAGGCGUUACCUUGUCUCGUGCCGAGGGACUGGCUCGAAGCAUCGGAUCACACGGCUGUCGACGGCGAACUUCUCGACUCCGACGACGAGGCAGAGGAAGCGACUGAGCGAUCAACAAUGCUACAGAAAGACGGAAGGAGAUCGAGCACGCCCGGUUCCCGUUCGUAG